AUGGGCGAGUACGAAGCAGUGGAUCGUCACACUUUCAAGGUUUUCAACCAGGACUUCACAGUGGAUAAACGUUUCCAAUUGAUCAAGGAAAUCGGGCAUGGUUCGUACGGGAUUGUUUGUUCAGCAAGGUUCACAGAAGCAGCGGACGAAACGACUGUGGCCAUCAAGAAGGUGACGAAUGUGUUUUCCAAGACGCUUCUUUGCAAGCGUUCUUUGCGGGAGUUGAAGCUCUUGAGACAUUUUAGAGGCCAUAAGAACAUUACGUGUUUGUACGAUAUGGAUAUUGUGUUCCAGCCGGACGGGAUGUUCAAUGGGCUCUAUCUAUACGAAGAACUCAUGGAGUGUGACAUGCACCAGAUUAUCAAGUCCGGACAGCCGUUGACGGACGCACACUACCAGUCUUUCAUCUACCAGAUCUUGUGCGGGUUGAAGUACAUCCAUUCUGCGGAUGUGUUGCAUCGAGACUUGAAACCGGGGAAUCUUUUGGUCAAUGCCGAUUGCCAGUUGAAGAUCUGCGAUUUCGGGUUGGCAAGAGGAUACAGCGAGAAUCCGGUCGAGAAUAACCAGUUCUUGACCGAGUACGUGGCCACGCGGUGGUACAGAGCUCCUGAGAUCAUGCUCAGCUACCAGGGCUACACCAAGGCAAUCGACGUCUGGUCGUGCGGAUGCAUAUUGGCUGAACUACUCGGAGGCAAGCCUAUCUUCAAGGGUAAGGACUACGUCGACCAGCUUAACAGAAUCCUGCAGAUAUUGGGUACCCCGCCAGAAGAUACAUUGAAGAGGAUAGGAUCGAAAAACGUGCAAGACUAUAUCCACCAGCUUGGCUACAUCCCCAAGAUCCCCUUCAGCAACUUGUACCCGGAUGCUAACCCGGAUGCGCUUGAUUUGUUGGAAGGAAUGCUAAGCUUCGAUCCACAACUCAGAAUCACCGUCGAUGAUGCGUUGGAGCACCGCUACCUCGCCAUCUGGCACGAUCCGGCCGAUGAACCCAUCUGCACGGAAAAGUUCGACUUCUCCUUCGAAAGCGUCAACGAGAUAAGCCAGUUGAAACAAAUGGUCAUCGAUGAAGUGACCGAUUUCAGACAGUUUGUAAGGUUACCGCUUUUACAUGAACAACAGCAAGAACAACAGCAACAGCAACAGCAGCAGCAACAGCAGCAAGAACAGCAAGAGGCCCUGCAACAACAAGAGGCCCUACAACAACAGAAAAAUUUUAAUGAACCAAUACACGAUAAUACAACUGCAUUUCAAGCCCAGCUUGGCGAGCACGUGAACCAAUUCAAUAAAAACAUUAGCGGUAUUCCUUCGUUCGACGAGCCGUUCACAAGCCAAAUUAUCGGAUCGGCUACCCAGCAAGACCCUUUAGUCGGAAUACACUCAGAUAACUUACCAAGCCAUGAUUUGGAUUUUCCUCCAAGACCUAGGGAAAACGUUCUAGAUUCGCCUCCUAGGCUCGAGAACCAGGGCCCUAACCAAUCACCAGGAACUCAAGAUAUUAAUGAUCUUCUAGGGUUAGAAAGAGAAUUGGAAUUUGGACUUGACAGACAGUUUUAA